GAUUAAUAAAAAUACCGAACCAACUUUGUUCCUGAGCUGCAUGUGGCUUGACAGGCAAUUGAUACAUAGGGCCGACGUCACCGAAUUCCCGGAAGCUAUCGCAGCUUCCAACGCCAAGUCGAAAGCUGUCCCAAAAAAGUAAAUUCAACUACAUCGCCGGCUUCAGACACAACUUCCUCUUCUUUGAUCUUACAUCCUAUUUAGUUGAUUCACAAGUAAGCUACAAGAAACCUCAGUUACAAUGUUCCGCUUUCAUAAAACUCUUGAUAUCGUCACCCUCUUCCACAAGGCAGGCUCACCGGCCUCCACAAGAGCGGCAACUCUCCUAAAGCAGAUUUCAGCCAAUGCCACGGAGACAGCAACUGAAGAUCAAGCCAGUGAUCAUUCUCACCAGACGCAUCCCAAGCGCUCGCGUCAGGAGUUUGAACUGAACAUCACUGAGGAGCCUCCUACCGUCGACCAACUCAAGACUAUUCUAGAGUACGUCGGCAAAAAGAAGAUCGGCUCUAUCGUGCAAGGCGCGUCGACAGAGAAUGAGGCCAUGAAGAAGUUCAGAGAGAACAAGGAGAACUUCAACCGGCCUGUGAUUGUCGACUGGAACAAUGGAAAGGCUGUUGCUAGCGAUCAGGAGUCAGAGAUACUGAAGAUGAUAGAGCAAGAGAGUAGCAAGGAGUAAUUCCCAAACAUUGUACAUAACACAAGUAAUCAUAUGUCUUGUGUUGGUAUUGGCUAGGCUCUAU